CACCGCCACUGUUCAUACAAACAUAGAUCGCAUUGAAUAUGUUGAAUUUAGCGGCACCGCACCUGUCGCGAGACUUUUAUCGCUUUAUAAAGCUUUUGUGCGAGGCGCGCUCGAAGGAUGAGGAGGAACGACUUGUCUUAGCUGAGAUCAGCGCUUUAAAGCGCUUAUUUCUGUCGAAGGAUGUAGACAGGGACCAGCUGAAGGAAUACCUAGUACGCGCGGUUUACGUGGAGAUGCUGGGCUUCGAAGCUUCCUUUGCCCACAUCCAUGCGAUAAACCUGGCGCAGGAACGCAAUAUAGUACGCAAGAAAGCCGGCUACUGGGCAUGCCGACAACUACUGCAACCGGAUUCCGAGCUUAUGCUACUACUGAUAAACACAAUACAGAAGGACUUGCAGAGCCCUCAUUUCAUGGAUAUCGCCUGUGCACUGCAAUGCGUUUGCGACUUGAUUAACCGCGAUAUGGUCCCUACCAUACUACCAUCGGUGAUACGUUGUCUAGACAGUGAGAAUGAACAUGUUCGCAAGCAUGCCAUUAUGGCAAUACGAAGGUUUCAUGAAUUUGACAAUAGCUGCGUUGAAAACCUUACGGAUAUAAUAGAGCGUGGAAUAUGCGAUCCGCGUCCGUCAGUGAUGGGAUGCACGUUAUCACUGUUACACGAUGUUAUAGCAACCAAGCCCCGGGCGUACAGGCACCUCGUACCAUCUUUAGUGCACAUUUUGAACCAGAUUGUCGACCGUCGGUUAAACCGUGGGUACGACUACCAUCGAGUGCCGGCGCCGUGGAUACAAAUAUCGAUUAUAUCCAUAUUCGGCCGGAUGGGCCGUGGUGACCGCCGUGUAUCAGAGCAGAUAUACGGUUGCUUGCAAAACGUUUUACAGCAGGCCGAGUCGUUACCGCACCAGUGCGUCGUUAUCGCCAAUGCAAUAAUUUUUGAGUGCGUCAAAACCAUAGCUGCCAUAACGCCGAGGGACUCCCUGACCACAAUGUGUUCCAUAGCGGUGUCGCGAAUGCUCUCUUCGGAGAAUAACAACCUGCGUUAUGCUGGUAUAUCAGGGCUGGGUACCCUGGUUGGCAUUAACAUGUCUUAUGCCGUGGAAAAUCAGCUGGUGGUAGUCUCGUGUCUGGAAGAUCGUGAUGAGACCAUACGCCGCCGAACCUUGGACCUGCUGUACCGCAUGACCAAUUCAAAGAAUGUAGUAACUAUUGUCAACUGUUUCUUGGUACAGCUGCGUUCUAAGUGCGAACGAUACUGGAGUGCCGAGUUGGUCAGUAAGAUAUCGCUCUUGUGCGAAAAGUUUGCCCCGAGUGCUUUGUGGUACUUCGAGACCGUCCUGGAGUUGAUGCUGCUGGCCCCUGACCUGUUGAAAGACGAGCUGCUGUUUAGCACAGUGCACGUACUGCGUGAGAAUAUGACAGAUACGUCAUUUCGUAGUUCCGUGAUGUCACAGGUAUCGGAUCUCAUGAAACGUUCUGAUAAUUUGCCCGAGAUGGUAGUUAAAAUGAUAAGUUGGAUAUAUGCCAACUUUACCACUGUUGGAUAUAUUGGAGAUACUGAUACAGUCACUGAUUUGGGUUGUUCAGAGUCCAGGCAGGACAGUAGUAGACAGGAUUCUGUACCACCCGAGCAAGAUGAAAGCACACCAAGAGAUGUUACCGAUGAGCCCCAAGAGGACAUUGGAUCUUGUUUGGAAACAAACAAUGUGGCUAUUGAGUCUGGAAUCAGCUACGAUGCACAGUGCGACACUAGGGCUAAAAUUGAUUUGGGCACCUAUAUAGACACUCUGCUCCAGUUUCUACAACGGUACCGUCAGGAUAGUGUUACUAUUUCCUGGGUACUAGGGUGUAUACGCACGCUAAUAAUCGCAAACGACUACAACGUCAGCCCGUCGGUGGAGUCGGUGUUAUCGCAAUUUGAGUGUUCCAACUGCACAGAGGUUACCCAGCGCUGCAAGGAGAUACGUAGUUUAUGUACCUUGCGACCUAAGUUACGUUUCAUGGACGCCAGCACUUUGGAUAUCAGUUUCCUCAGUGAUUACGUACAACAGAGCCUACUGAAUGGCGCUCGUAGGUACGAGCGUCCCACGGAGUCCGUAUCUAGGCCUACAGAAACCGAUAUUGCAAACUCGGUUCCGGAGCUUCGAUUUGAACCUUACGCCAUGCAGGCCACGCAAAUGGCGGAAUACAAAGAGACAUUGACAGUAGAUGACCUGGUAAACGAGGAGAUCAUUUGCGCCGAUGUACCCCGUAGUUGGGGUCCGUCUGGCUAUGUGGACAAGGGUAGCGUUGACCAUGAUACUGUUUAUCCCGGACCCGAAUCUACUACAACCCGUGAUGAUCAUAUACCGGAACCACCUGCAGUACAACACGAAUUAGAUCUAUCAAUCCUUUCAGGUGGUGUACGAGCACCUAGGGUAGCAGAGCCUCAGGGCUACGUAUGGCGCAAGAGUGAUAAGCCAAGCCCAAGUCGACAGCACGUGGAGAUGGCCCGUGCCCUAUUCCAGGGCAUAGGUACAUCCGAUGACGGUAGCUGAUUAUGUGGUUCAUGAACUGAUAUAAUGGUUUUUCACAUGGCGAGGCUGGGUUGUUCUAGUG